GUGAAUGUUCCAACAGAGAAGUGCAGUAUCGCUGCUACAGUCGGUGUGUGUGGAAGUGGAAGCUCUGACAUUGAGAAAGCUGUGUGCACACACUGUGACACACGACACAAACGCACCGGGAGCAGAGGAACGAGCGGAGGACUCGCGCACACAGCUGAGCUUCACCUGUCCCGCGGGGAUUGUUUAGUCUUUGGAAGCCGCUGACAGGUGACCUGUCAACAUGUUGAAGAAAAAGUCCCGAUCCACCCCGAUAACGGAACCAAAAUCUACGGCUCCGGCCACAGAACUGGGCGCUCUGAUCGACAAGCUGCAGAAGAAUGCUGAUAAAGUGGAGAAGAACUGCUAUGACGUCGAGCAGAACCUCAACAAGGAUGUGAGUAAGAUCAAUGAGGGGAAGCAGCCACUGUAUCAGGAUGACACCAACAAGAGACUUCUCAACUCUCUGGAGAUGCUCAACAGCCUGGACGAGGACGCUGUUGAGGCCAAGCGCCUCCAGCAUCCGCAGACUGCGAUGAUAGAAAAAGACAUGAAGCAGCUGCGUGAGAAAGUGAUGAAGCUGAAGGAGGACCACGACCGAAUCUACCACCUGACCCGCACAGAGGGGAAGCCCAGCAUCAACUGGGGCACCAUGAUGGAUGAGAAACUGGACAACCUAAAAAACAAGGGCUUUGGCCAGGACCUACCAUCUGUGGAGAGCGAGGUGGAGGAACACAACAUCUUCCAGAGCGAGGUGGAGGCUCUGGCUCCUUUGCUCUGCAGUGGAGACAAGGAAUACGUCAAUAGCCUCCAGGAAAAGCACAAAAAGCUACUGGCCAGUUCAAGCGCUCGUCAGCGCAACCUGGUGAGCCUGCGGGACUACAUGCAGCACUGCACCAAUGAGCUGUACUGGAUGGACCAGCAGGCCGAGGAGAGGGUCAACUACGACUGGAGUGAUACUAACCUGGAGUACAAAACUCGCCAGAAGCAGUAUGAGAACUUUAUUGGUAAAUGUCUGGAGUCCAAGGAGGCCACCAUCACCAAGCUGAAUGACGACGGAGAGAAGCUGAUUGCUGCUGAGCAUCCAGGGAAAAAUGUUAUUGAGGCUCAUAUGGAGGCAGUCCAUGCUGACUGGAAGGAGUACCUGAACCUGCUCAUCUGUGAGGAAAACCACCUCAAACACAUGGCUGAGUACCACAAGUACCACAAGGAAGCCCGUGACACUCAGGACCUGCUGAAGCGGCUGGAUACAGAGCUCAGCCAGAAGUACAACCCAGAGUUCAAAGAUGUGUAUCAGAUGGAGAGUCUCAUCGAGGAGUUGGAUGACCAAGCCAAGGCCAUGGACCACUUUGAUGAACGGGUCAAGGCUCUUCAGAAGCGCAGCCUGCAGGUUUCUCCUCUGCCCUACCGCCGAGAAACCCCCUCGAAGCUGAUGCCUGUUGAGGCUCUGUGCGAGUUUGACACAGAUGAUGGGCAGAUUGUGCGUGGGGAGAGGUACACUCUGAUCCGGAACAAUGGUACCAAAUGGGACGUGAAGGAUGCAUCUGGGCGUCAAAUCACUGCCCCGGCGGUCUGCUUCGUGUUCCCCCCCACCGACCCUGAGGCAGUGGCCAUCUCUGACAACCUGGCCAGCCAACAAAAAGCCCUCAAGCAGAAGACUGCAAACAGCAAAGCAGCUCUGCAGAAACGCUUCAGCGAGCUGAAGAAGGAGAGUGGGACUGCGGGCACAGACAAGCAGGAGCAGCAGUGUCGCCAGCUGAUGGCUGGUCUGGACAAGGUCACCAGUGACCUGGGCAAACAGGAGAAAGCCAUUUAUGCUGGUGUGCGCCCGCCACUGGAGGAGAACAGGCCAAUGCAGGACAGCGCUGACCGCCUGCAGGAUAUGAGGGACAUCGCUGCUGCUGUCAGUAAGAUUGAACCAGAGAAGUCCGCCAAAGUGCAGGAAGCAAGAAACUUCUUGGUCUCCAAUCCAAACAGUGCCAGCUCUUCUCAGCUUCACAGCAAGGUGGAUGAAGCCGAAAAGAAGUACAACAAGAUCGAGCAGCUUCUUCAGUGCUCUCAGGAGAAACUGAAGAAUUCAAACCAGCUGGAGACUUCCCUUCAAAAUGGAAAGACUCUUCUUGCCAGCCAUGAGAACAAGCUGGCCAGGGAGGAGGUUGCUCCUGCUGACCUGUCCUCACUUGAGAAGGCACAGCGGGAACUUGCAGAUACUGCAUCAGAACUGAGGUCCAAGAGGUCACUUAUUGCUGAGACUGAGCAGAAUCUGCGUUUGGCCCAAAACAGCUGUGACAACAUGGCGACCAAAUUCCAUGAGCACUGUCCUGACAUUGAGAGGCAAAAGGCAGAUGUCCAGAAGCUCAACAAGCGUUAUAACAACCUCACCAAGCAGACUGAUGCCAGAGCCCAAUGCUUGCAAAGAGCCAAGAUGUCGCUCGUAAAUUACAACAAUGGUUAUGACAAUCUGAACAAGUGGUUGGCUCGUGUCCCAAACUACGAGCCCAAUGAAACUGAUGACGCAAGACAAAUUGAGACCAAGCUGAAGAAUCAAAAGAACUUGCUCUCUGACAUUGCCAGAAAGGAGUCCGACUUGAACAAUGUGUCCAAAAAUGCUCAGCUUUACCAAGCAGCCGUCAAAGACUACGAGAAUGAAUGUGAGAGGUUUAGAGCCAUCCUUGAACUUGAUGAUGGACUUGUACCUCAGACAUACAAGAGGAACAGAAUUGAAUCACCUUCACUGAGAGUCAGAGCAGAGGAAUCUGCUAUUGAGGCCAAGUUUACUGAGGUGAAUGCUGUGAACUCGGCAAGGCUUCAGAAUCUGGAAUACGCCCAAAAUCUUCUCAACCAGCAACCUGACAUCCCUAUGAUCAAGUCUACAAUGGUCCAGUCAGUAAAUGCUAGCCAAGGAGAAGAGCCUUGGAGAGUCAGAAAGCAGCUGCAAGAUGAGAUCCACAGGAGGGAACAGCUAGAGAGAGAAAUUGAGACUAUUCAAACUGAAAUCUAUGUCCUUGAAGGACAGAGGCCCCAGGACACAAUUGUCAAAAAAGAGAAAAUCAAAAAGGUUGCUGACCCCCAGCUGGAUGAGGAAAUCCAUAAGGUCCAGCAGAAACUCUCAGAGGAGCGCCGCACUACCAGUGUCCUGGAGAAUGACCUUGAGAUACUGAGGUUGAGACUGCGUGGCCUUGAGACAGAAUCCAGAGAAGGGGCACAGGAAUAUGUGGUCAAGGAGGUCCUGCGUAUACAAAAAGAUCCUGUUCAAGAGGAGGAGAUGCGCAGGCUUAGGGAUGAACUGGAUGAGCUAAGAAGGCAGAAGAUAAUGAAAGACAAUGAGCUGAUUCAGAUACAAAAGCAGGUAACACUCCUGGCUGAGGAGAAGGGCAGGGAGCAGGAAGUGAUCACUGAAGAGGAGGUGAUCAAAGUCCAGAAUGAUCCCCAACUUGAAAUGCAGUACCGUUUGCUCUUGAACAGGAAGCAGAAGGAGAUGGAUGGCAGGAAACAGCUGGAGGAUGAACUGCAAUUUCUUAAGGAGAAGCUUGUAAGGAUGGAGAAGGAGAAAGCAAUGGCUGAAGAGAAGAUUUCCAUCAAAGAGGUGCUGAAAGUAGAGAAAGAUCUCGAAUUUGAAAGAGAGGUAGACACCCUCAGAAGGCAGUAUGAAGAAGAGAAGACCAAACGGAGAACAUCACAGCGAGAAAAGAUUGACCUCCAGAGGAAAAUUACCAGUACAGAGGAGGAAAAGUCCAAAGUUGUUAUUCAGGAGAAGAUGCGGGAGAUUGUCCGCCCUGACCCCAAGGCCGAGAACGAGGUGGCCAAUCUCCGUCUUGAACUUGUAGAGCAACAGAGGCGCUGUAAAGAUGCAGAGCUCCAGCUUAGAUCUCUACAGGAUGAGCACACCAUGCUGAAGAACAGAGGACCUCAAGUGGAGGUCAAGGAGAUCAUCAAAGAAGUCAUCAAAUAUAAGACAGAUCCACAGACUGAAAGAGAACUGGAGAGACUCCGCAAUGAUAUUGUAGAUAAAACCCACCAGACUGAGAAAUCUGAGAUGGAAAUCCGCCAACUUCGUGAGGAAAUUAGAAGAUGGCAAGACACCAAACCCCAAGUGCAAACUAAAGAGGUGGUUAAUGAAGUGCUGCAGUACAGGGAAGACCCAAAGACUAAAGAGGAAAUUGAGACUCUCAAAAGGAAACUGGCUGAUGAACAGAAGAAACGCCUGGACCUUGAGAGAGAACGGUCAGCCCAAGAAGAGAAGAUCAGACUGAGAAAAGUGGAACUGUCUCAGGUCCUCGAGAAGAUUGUUCAGCAAGAAGUGGUCAAGAUGGAGGAAGAUCCAAUCCUCAGAUCAGAGUGUGACACCUUUUCACAAAACAUCAGCAAUGAGCAGAAACAAAAGGAGAGCCUAAAAGCAGAGCUCUACCAACUGCAGAGACAAAUGGCUGACCUGGAUCUACAACUGGAAGAACUGGAGCGUGAACGCAGGAUAAGGCGUGAAGCAGAAGUGGAAAUCCAAAGGCUUCGGCUCAGACUUACUGAGCUAGAGCUCCGCGACAAGGAGAACCGUGAGAAAGUCACUGUCAAACAUAAGGUAGUCCUGCAGCAGGAUCCCCAACAGGAGAAGGAACACUCCAUUAUCAGACUUCAGCUUGAAGAAGAAAAGCACAAACGCACUCUGCUCGAGAAAGAGUUGAAUGCCCUCAUCCAGCAGCAGAUCACCCUCGAGAAGAUGGAUGUGAAGGAAAGAGUUGUCCGCACUGAAAAAGUCCAAGUUGAAAGAGACCCAGAGGCCGAGAUUGAGAUUGAGAACCUAAGGAGGACUCUGGAAGAGGAGAAAAGGAGAAGGAGAGAACUUGACCAGGACUUGGCCACCCUUACUUCUAGGCUCUCUGAGAUGGAGUUCUCAAACACCAAAUCUUAUAAAGAACUGGACUACAUCCGUGAUGAAAGUGGCCGCCUGCAACAAGAAAACCAAAGGCUGCUGAAUGAGAUCCGCAAGCUUAAGUCUGAGAUUGAGAUCACCAGCACUGAGACUCGGCUUAUAACAGAGUCAGCACCAAGGGAGGAUGGAAGGAACCUUGAGCUGAGGCUUGAUUCACUACAGAAGGAACUAGCAGAGCUUAGAGCCAUCACCCUCCAGAAGGAUGAGGAGAUCGAGAAGCUUCAAAAGAAUCUGGUGGCAGUUAGACAGAAGAAGGAACAGAGGGAGAGCCAUCUCAAAAGGUCUAUUGUGAUCAUCGACCCGGACACAGGCAAAGAGAUGCGACCAGAGGAGGCCUACAAACUAGGGCUGAUUGAUUGGAAGAUGUUCGUCAACCUGCAGAGUCAAGAGUGCGACUGGGAGGAGAUCACAGUCAAGGGCCCCAGGGGAGAAUCCUCAGUUCUUCAUGACAGAAAAUCAGGGAAAAAGUUCUCCAUCGAUGAAGCAUUGCGUCUUGGCCACAUCACAAAUCGCCAGCUUCAGCAGUACAUAAACAAAGAAAUUUCCAUCCAAGAGUUUGGUGUACUGGUGUCAGGCAAGAACAAGUAAAUGCACACCUGCUAAAAGAAAUUGCAUUUUCUUUUUGUUUUUACAUGAUUUUCUCUGUUUCAUCUCUUAUUUAAAGAUGCUGUGUACAAUAUUCAGACCAUCAAUAUAGCAGCAAACAACUAUCUGCUAUGUAAAGAUAUAGUGGAGUCAUGACAUCCUGAGCAGAGAAUGAAGUCAACUUUCCUUGUGUGUGUUAUAUGAGCAUCUCUGUUCUUUGUUUUGGUAGCGGGUCCAGCCGUGCAUACACUUAAGUGCAUUUGAGUCCCUGUGUGUGUAUUGCAUUGGCUAGCUAAUUGAUUUACUCUUCAUUGUGCUCAUAUGGCGGUUAACACUGAUAACGCCAUUCUGACCCAAGGUGGUGGAACGUCGUUGUUGUCACAGAAGCAUAACGCCCACCUUCCAGCUCUGAAUGUGUUACGCGGCUCAUUUAACAAUCUUCUUGUUUUAUUGUACUUCUAUUCUGACUUUAAAACUGUGGUGACUUGGCAUUACUUUAUGCAUGAUUUCUAAAUGCACUAUGUAUUUAUUUGCUUAUGCAUAUACAAUUUUGUGGUACUGACAUUAAUAUAUAUGGAUUGAUAUUACUAUUACUACAGCCAACUGCAUAACAUUUUGUGUGAUAGAAAGAGUUUGCUCAGCUAAGCGAUACUCUCAUACACUCUGGGUUCUAGGCAAGAGAACAUAUUUUUGCAUAUUAUUAUUUGAUACUGCCAUUGACAUUAAGAUGGGUACUAAAUGUUUCCUUUAUUUUUGGGGUAUCCCCAGGUUUACCUGGGUGCCCCAGGUUUAACUGAUGUGUCCUCUGUAAGCUUCAAUAAAAGUCAAAUCAGACUGGAAAAA